AUGGCAGAAACCGCAGCGAUAGCACCACCACCACAACCAAUGGCACCACCGCAACCAGUGGAGGAAAACGCAACGGCGGCACCGCCACAACCAAUGGCACCACCGCAACCAAUGGCGGAAAACGCAACGGCGGCACCACCGCAACCAAUGGCGGAAAGCGCAACUGUCGUUGUGGUGGUGCCACCACCACCGCCAAACGGCGCCACAACAUUCCUCUGCCUCAUCCUCGCCUUCUUCAUCCCUCCCCUCGGCGUUUUCCUCAAGUACAAAUGUGAGAUUGAAUUCUGGAUCUGCCUCAUCCUAACAUUCUUGGCCUACGCGCCGGGCAUCAUCUACGCCGUCUGGGUGAUCGUGAAGUAG